GAUGAUAAACUGUCCCAACUCUGCUGUUAGCUCGAAGAAAAAGCGUUUGUUAGAGUUGUUACGGCAAAAUAUGGACCACAGUAACGAUUGUGCUUAAUUUGGGUGUUAAAAUUUAAAAUACAAGAGCUUAAAUCUAGGCUCAGCACACGAGAAGGAACAUGGAGGAGAUAAAGACCGAGCCCGUGGAUUUUGUAAAGGAAUUUCAAGAAUACCUGACCCAGCAAACCCAGCAUGUCAACAUGAUUUCAGGCUCCGUGUGUGGUGAAAAAGAGACAGCGGAGUCGUUUCAAGCCGUUGCCCCAAGGUGCGAGCAAAAUGGUCUGGACCCCCCGUCUGUGGAGGUGAGACUGUCUGUGGAGGAUGGGUCAGAUGUGCAGAUGGAUGGCCUGGAGAGGACCUGCGAUGGAAAGUAUAAAUGCAGCUACUGCAGCUAUGCAAACAAGGGCAUGGCUCGCUUAAUAGAGCAUAUCCGCAUCCACACAGGAGAAAAGCCUCACCGCUGUCAGCUGUGCCCAUUUGCAUCUGCGUAUGAGCGUCACUUGGAAGCCCACAUGCGCUCACACACAGGAGAGAAGCCCUACAAGUGUGACCUCUGCGCCUUCCGAUGCAGUGACCGCAGCAACCUGUCACACCAUCGGCGACGCCGCCACAAGCUUUUGCCCACCAGGGUGGCACGCUCUCCUUUCUCCAACAAGAGAAUGCUGAGCGCUUUGCAGAAGAGGACAGCUUCGCUGGGGUUCGGGCGGCGCCUCCUGAUCAAUCUCAACCCGGCCUCUGUGAUGAUGCCAAAAUCGGAUUUUCUGACUGACUUGUCUCACAAAAUCCACCAUUUAAACAGCAGCGAGUAUAAGAACGCUCCCAGGGUAGAUGAGAAGGAAAGUCGCAACAGGAGUGCUAAUGGUUUGACUUUUAAAAACCCACUCGACCAGGUGUCUACACUAGCCGGUCAGUUGGCUGAGCUCCACCCUGAGUCUCAGACUCCCGUGUCCCCAGACAGGGAGUCAAUAAAAGAUGAGAAGCCCAUCCUAAUACAUAAUGUCUCCAGUGAACAGGUUGCAAUGUGCUCAAAUGGAGUGCAGAUAUCAUCACUUAAAAAAGAAUCUCCCACCUCACGCCACGAGAACUGUAGUCCUGCUCUGAGCCUUGGCUUUGAGAACAACAUGAACGCUCUGACUGCGUGUGUUAGCAACAGCCAGUCGGGCACACCCGCCCCUGCCCUGACUAUACCGGAUCAGCAGGUCGUGUAUAAUUGCCAACAUUGUGAUAUUCACUUUUCUGACAAUAUCCUCUACACUAUUCACAUGGGCUGCCACGGCUAUGAACAUCCAUUCCAGUGCAACAGCUGUGGGCAUAAAUGCGCAGACAAAUACGAUUUUGCCUGCCAUUUUGCCCGUGGCCAACAUAAAAAGUGAUUCCUGACAGCACAGACUUAUAUGGAGCCCUUGUUUUUAUUAUAUUGGUUAUAUUUAGCAACUAAACAUAGUGAGACUGUUUAACAUUUCAUGUUUUAAGUUGUUUUUUCAUUUUACACUUCUACAUCUGCACUAUACUGUUGCCUUACUGCUUUUCUACCUUGAUCCCUACUUUGGGCUUGUCGUAUUAGUUGUGAACGUACAAAACCACAAAUGACACUUUACAACACAUCAUAGUUUGUUGUGAGAGUUAGUUAAUGCCUUGUGAUAUCUGUACUCCUUUGCUCAUGCAACUUGUUGGGUUUGGCAUUAGACUGGGAUGGGAUUUGCAGUGUUUCAUCACUUUGGAGUGAGUCAUUAGGAUUUCAUUCAGCCUGAUGAGUAAUCACAUUUAUAAAGGCAGCUAUAUACACUGAUCAG